AUGAGCAGUGGGUACAGACAUAAAGAUCUUUCUAGAUCAACAUGGGAUGGUUGCUGCAAGUUGCCAAUUGGAAAUACUUAUAUGCUGGAAGAGAUCGGAGAGCGAUUUCAAGGAGCUCGUUGUUGGUUGCUGGAAGUUGCUGAAGUCAUUUAUAAACUACAAGAAGAACAUAAUGAUUCAGAUAUGAAUGUGUCCAAUCUUUCUGGUAUUCUCCCAUCACACAUUUCCUCCGCCACAAAAAG